UAAAUCAAAAACCUUUAUAAUUUAAAACAUUUAAAUUCUUAAGGUGCUUGAACUUAAAACUUUAAUUUCCAAUUACUUACCAAAAAUAAGUUAUUAAGCCUUAAAGUAACUAAAUUACAUUUUGCCAAUACUAAACGAAUAUUUAAACAUUUUGGAAACAAGUGAUAAACAUGGCAUCAUGACUUGGAGCUAAAAAGCCGGCAAAUCAAAAUUCGAAAAUACGGAGGAAAACCAUUUUUGAGACGAAAAAUAUGCUUGCGAUCAUUGUUCACUUCAGAAUAAAGUAACAAAAUAAGGCAACAAAAUAAAAAAUAAUAUUAUACAAAGAUGGGUAAAUAAUUAGUAAAAGGUUAACCCAAAGAAAAUCUAGGAUAAACGCUACAAAUUCUUCAAAAAAUAUUCCAAAUAAAUUUGAAAAAAAACCGUGGAGGAGUUAGAGGUAUAAAUUUCAGCCCGAAAAUGCUUUUGAGCAAUCAGCCGACGAAUACGAAACCGCAGCAAACGCCUUCGCAGAACUUCAAGUCGAAGUUGCAGCAACAAAUCGUUUCGGCAGCGGCGGUAGCAGCGGCGAAUCUCGCCAACGGCAGCAGUCAUCAUCACCAGCAUCAUAAUCACCACCAGAAUCUGAGCCACAACCAUCAUAAUCAUAAUCACAAUCAGCACAACAUUUCCUUCGCCACGGAUUUCUCAAUUGCCGCGAUUAUGGCGCGCGGCGGAAACGCCCCGAGCAGCCGGGAACCUUCGGAACGGAGUCUGAGUCCCGCAUCCGUGGAGCGCUAUUCAGGCCAGGAUGUGGACGAUGAUGUUGAUGUUGACGUUGAUGUGGUGGACUGCAGUGACUCGGAAAUGCCGGCGGCAACUGCAGCAGCAAAUGCAACAGCAACAGCGGCGGCUGCAGCAGCAGCUUUGCAGGCGCAACAACAGGCGCGUCAGGCAUUGCGUGUUGCACAGCAACAGCAACAACAGCAGCAGCAACAGCAACAAAGGCAGCAGACACAUCACCACGCAACGGCAAACAAGCAACAACGCCAACAUCACAAUCAUCACAGCAGCAACAGCAACAACAGCAACUCAGGCAACAGCAACAGCAAAUCAAGCAGCCAUCGAGGGCGUUCUGCUGCCGCAGUUGGAGCAGCUGCCACGCCCUCGCCACCACCGCCCCCGCCCUCGCAAAGUCCCGAGGAACUCGAACGCCUGUCGCCAGAGGAAUCACCAGCACAGCAGCCCACGCCCAAGAUAGUGGGCUCGUGCAAUUGCGACGAUCUCACGCCCGUCCAGUGCCACCUGGAGACGAAGGAGCUGUGGGAUAAGUUCCAUGAAUUGGGCACUGAAAUGAUCAUUACCAAAUCGGGCAGACGCAUGUUUCCCACCGUUCGAGUGAGUUUCUCGGGUCCUUUAAGGCAAAUUCAACCGGCGGACCGAUAUGCCGUACUCUUGGAUGUCGUUCCUUUGGAUUCGCGGCGAUACCGUUACGCCUACCAUCGCAGUUCGUGGCUGGUGGCCGGAAAAGCCGAUCCACCGCCUCCCGCCCGUAUUUACGCCCAUCCGGAUUGCCCCCUUAGUCCGGAGGCACUGAGAAAACAGGUCGUCUCCUUUGAAAAGGUGAAGUUGACAAACAACGAGAUGGACAAGAGCGGACAGGUCGUGCUGAACUCAAUGCACCGCUACCAGCCCAGGAUCCACUUGGUGCGUUUGAGCCAUGGCCAGAGCAUCCCCGGCAAUCCCAAGGAGCUGCAGGAUAUGGACCAUAAAACCUUCGUUUUCCCGGAGACCGUGUUCACGGCCGUGACGGCCUAUCAGAAUCAAUUGAUUACGAAACUGAAAAUCGAUUCGAAUCCGUUUGCGAAGGGAUUUCGCGAUUCGUCGCGUCUCAGCGAUUUUGAUAGGGAUCCCAUGGAUGCCUUCUUUUUCGACCAGCACAUGCGAACGGCUCCUCUGCGAUUUUUCCCGGAUCCGCUGAUGUCGCAGCUGACUCCUCAGGAGGCGGAUGCCGCCUCCUUGGCGCUGCUAGAAAAAGCCCGUCAGCACUUGCAAAUGUUUGGCCGAUCGCCGUACACGGAGAUGUUGCUGCCGCAUUUGUACCAGCGAUCGGCGGCGCCACCCCCACCCCCUCCGGCCACCCACCUCAGCGCCUUUCAGCUGGGCAUGUGGCAGCAACAGUGGCCGCAACUGACGGCCGGAUUCUUGGCCAGUGCCAAUCAACAGGCGGCUUUGGCCUUGGCAGCAGCGAGCGCCAAUCGAACGCCACCCCCUCCCCCAAUGGCUGUGGCUCCCCCCGCCCCUGCCACGCCCACCUCCUCGUGCGGCUCAGCGUCACCGGAUUUAAGGGCCCGCCCCCAGCUGAGUCACUAUCCUCAGCGAUUCAGUCCCUACCAGGUGCCCCAGCAUCAGGCGUCGCCACCAGCCUCGAAUAGGGCAGAAAGUCCUUAAGAUACAAAAACUGUUAACACAACCCACUA